AGCGCCCUCCACAUCAAUCAGUGCAGGAAAAGGGCCAAAAUGGUUUACAGUGUUGCUGCACAGAAGCCGAGCGUGUUUAGUGCGCGCUAUCGCUGGCAGGUGAUAGCCACCAUGACAGUGCACAUCCUGACCUUUCAGCACGGCAUCGGUGUGGGUUGGUUGGCGCCAUCGCUGCCUUUUCUGGGCUCAGACCAGACGCCGCUGAGCACGCCCAUCACUGUCACCGAGACCUCCUGGGUGGGCUCACUGAUCGGCCUGGGCGCCCUGACGGGCAACAUUAUCUUUGGACUGUUGCUGGAUCGCCUGGGCCGCAAAGUGUGCAUGAACUUGCUAGCCUUACCGAAUAUGAUCUAUUGGAUUCUCAUCUAUGUGGCCAAGGAUGUGACGUAUCUGUACGCAGGUCGCUUUCUGGCGGGCAUCACGGGCGGCGGCGUGUACGUGGUAUUGCCCAUAUUUGUAGCUGAAAUUUCCGACAGCAACAUACGUGGCGCGCUAUCUUCCAUGGCCAUGAUGUAUGUCAGCAUCGGGCUUAUGAUCGGCUAUUUGCUCAGCUCCUAUCUGGACUACUAUCUGGUGCCGUGCAUAACUAUAGCAGUGCCCGUGGUUUAUCUUGUGGCCAUCUUUGGCUUAUCUGAGACACCGCAGUACUUGCUGCGCAGGGGCCGGGAUGAGCAGGCGAAGAAAUCGUAUUGUUUCUACAAGAAUCUGACAAUAGCCAAGCCAGAUGGUGAGUCAGCGCACGAUGAUUCGACGGAAAGAGAGUUUGCGACUUUCAAGCAACAAGUGCUCAGCAGCGGAGUGCGCCAAGAUAUCGCCUGGAAAGAUUUCUUUAAUCUGCCUACCGUAAAGAUCUUUGGGCUGAACUUCUUGUUGAUCUUCUGCAACCAGCUGUCGGGCAGCUUCGCAUUCUUCAACUACACCUCGAACAUCUUCAACGAGCUGCACUCCCAGAUAGAUGCGAACACUUGCACCAUUAUCGUGGGCGCUGCCCAGGUGGUGGGCUUGCUCUGCGCCGUCGGCUUGGUGGAUCGUGUGGGGCGACGCUGGCUGCUGCUCACCUCCAUGGCCGGCAUGGGCCUGGGUGAGCUGUCCAUUGGGCUGCUCAAGGAUCUCGCCUCCGCUGAGUUUCUGGCCGCCAACAACUGGCUCUCCCUGCUGCUCAUGUGCUCCGUAGCCUACAUAGCCGCCUUGGGCAUUAUACCGCUGAUAUUUGUCGUUGUUGUUGAGCUGCUGCCAGCCAAGAUUCGCUCCCUGGGCACCUCCAUUUGCAUGGCCACGCUGAGCGUCUUCAUGUUUGUCUCGCUCAAGAUCUACCCGCUGCUGAUCUUUGGCCCCGGCCUGCCAGUCACCAUGUACAUGUCGGCCAGCGUCUGUUGCAUUGGGUUCGUCAUACUGGGCCUCUGUCUGCCAGAGACCAAAGGCAAACAGCUGACGCACUAAUUGAGGGCGCGUGUAGCCUCUACGUGUGGCUCUCGAUGAUGAGUUCGCCGAGCGGCAUCAAUCCCAGCGACCACGCCAAAUUGUCGCUUUUGUAUGGGCGAAACGUUGCAUAAGCCGGGAUUACCAUUAUGAGUGCCAGUGAGUGAGUGAGUGAGUGUUACGAGUAUUCGCUUGUCAAGACAGCGCCGUCAAAGCAAACCAGACAAACGCCAGCCACAAAUGGGGCAUGGGGAGCAUGUAGCUCAUCCUGAACUCUUGAACUUAAUUCAAUUUCGGUCUCUUGCCAUUGCUGUUAUUGUUGCUUAGCUCACAUUUCGUGUGUAUUGUGUGCAUGUGUGUGUGUGUGUGUGUGUGUAGUCUUUAAAUAUUAUUUAAUUUGACUUGGAGAAAGUCUGAGCUCUGUGCUACGAGUUCAAAUUGAGCAUGGGCCAAUCAGUUAGCUAUAGUUAUGCAAAUAAUGAAAUUAAAAAGACUUGAACCUAG